CUUCAACCGCUAGGUGUUAGUGUUUUUGCCUCCCUAGGCAGUCAUUACAGUUACCACCUAUGGGAGAGCUUACAAAUUGGCCAAGUCAACAUCACAGAGCAUAGUUUCAUACCUUUGUGGUGGCAAGCACGGGAGGAUGCCAUGACUCCAGAGAACAUAGUAUCAGGUGGCAGUCAUCAGGCCUCUGGCCCAUUAGCAAAGAGCGGAUAUUUAAGCGAGCAGGCUUUGAUCUUGCUAAUCUUCCUCAGGCAGCUGGUAUUCCAUCUGAUGCUGCAACACCUCCUCCACAGCCUGACCAGUAUAAUACGAUCCUACGCUCGCUCGAGUCGGCCACGCCUGAACGCAGGGAGAAGCUAUACAAAUACCUCAAGGACUGCUACCUGCAUAAAUGCUGCAGUACUGAUCUACUCCGCCACGAACUACUUGAACUACGCAAAAAGACUAGAGUUCCGCAAUGCUCAACGUCAGCUGCAUGAGAAAGGUGCAUUCGUCCGGGCAGAUGGCGUGGUUCUUGACCUCACAGAGGUUGAUAAGAACCAACGUGCCUCUAUACAAAAGAAGGCAGAAAGGGAAGCGAAACAGCAAGCAAAACCAGCAAAAUCUGAUGCUUUGAAGCAACGGGCGGAUACAGAUCAGGAUACGCCUACAGUGCCUGCAAAAAAGCGUCGUAUUCCUGCAAUCACUACACCUGUUCCAACGCGUGAGCCGCUUAACCAAACACCUAGUCUGCCACCUCGUCUGCCAAGUCAACCUAUACAGACAUCCUACACACCUGCUCACGCCGGUCUCCAGACACAGCUAGAGAGUGACGUUGAAGGAAGACCUCGAAUGGCACCUUUCGUGCUUAUCCCUACACCUGCAUACAGUGUUCCUGGCUAUACAGGUCCGAUCCCUUCGGGAUCCCAAUACAAGGACUGAGCAAGCAGUUGGUGGCGCUACGAAGAUGACCUCUCUCGAUUAGGAAUGGCCCAUACGCAGCAUCCUGCUCAGAGACUCUAAUCUCUAAUAAUUCCUGAAUAGCAUCAUUGUA